AUGUCGGACCCAGUCGCAGAAAAGUCGACCUUCCUAUGCAUGUACAUGUCCAAUCACCCAGACACGCUCGUUGCAUACGUGCGCUAUUGGGGGAAAGUGAACGAGGUGGUGAAGAGUGCGAAGAUGACGGCUAUUGACAGUAACGUACCCACCAAGGAUACGGAGGAGAAAGAAGUUCGCGUACCGUUUGACCCACCACUGUCCGGGUACGAAGAAGUCAAACCGCGAUUGUUAAGCAUGACUGCUGAUGCACAGGAAGCACUCGGGAUGUCCAAAGCUCCCCAAAUAAGCACCUUCCACCUCCCAGCCUCCUUCCUCAAAACAGGCAUCCCGCUCGCACUCAUGGUCUACACAACCCUCUCACCCAUCCUCUCCACCUCCGCACCCGCCAACCAAAAGUGGAAUUGGGAAUUCGGAUGCUGGUUGUAUGAUGCUGUGGGUGGGACGAAGUUGUUCAAGCCUUUGUGGAUAUUUACGGGUGUAGUGCAUUUUUUGGAGGCGGCGUAUGUGACGAGGUUGUGUGUUAAGCAUCGGACGGGGUUGGUUGUUGGUUUCCAAUAUGUUUUGAGUGUGUUCUUGUUCGGGUUCACGGUGCUGCUGCCGUUCAGGAAGAGGAUCCAGCAAGCGAGAAUUGACUCAAUUAUGAAGGGGAACUGA